AAGAAAUCAGCUGACCUGUCAAAACAUUACGCAGCGCAUGGUGGCGUGGCUAUUUUCUGACCGUUUGGUGACAACAUGGCAACCAAGAUGGAGCUGGCGCCUCUCCGACAAUGGGAUGACUUCUUCCCUGGAGUGGACCGAUUUGCGAAACCAGACUUUAGCGAUCUAGCGAAGUGGAACAACAGAAUGAUCAGUAACUUAAUGUAUUACCAAACUAACUACUUCGCCGCGGCCCUGGUGGUUUUCUUGAUUGUUGGGUUCCUAAAUCCCUUUGGCCUGUUUCUAGGAGGAACUGUGGUGACUCUGGUCUUUGCAGGGUCUGUUUGGGCUGGAGAGAACAAGGCCUUCAUCAAAAGCUUCAAAAGGAAGAACCCAACUCUAUUUGUCAUCUGUGUCAUGGUCACAAGUUAUUUUCUGCUGUCUCUGUGUGGAGGUGUCAUGAUCUUCAUCUUUGGGAUCACUUUCCCGUUGCUCUUAAUCAUGAUCCAUGCCUCUCUGAGGCUGCGCAACAUAAAGAACAAGCUGGAGAACAAGAUUGAAGGAGUUGGCUUGAAGAAGACCCCCAUGGGCAUCAUCAUGGAUCUCCUGGAUCAGCAGGAGGAAAAAAUGAACAAGAUUCAGGACUUUAUCGAAAGUAAACUCAAGGAAUAAUGCUUUAGCCUUGAGAAUGUUGAGUAUUUACCAUCAUCCAGAAUGGAUUAAGAGUCUGAUCCCGCAAAUCACCAUUUAGAUAGAAAACGUUAUUGAAAAUCUACUUUUCCACUUUUUAUAAUCAUAUCAGUUUGGUUUAUAAACUCAUGCCACUUUGCCAGUUCACAAUAUGUAACUUUUUAAAUGGUUGUGCAAUCUUUGUACAGUGAGGAUGACAGGCACGUUGCGCUGAAAGUCAUUAAAACUUCCUUUGUCCCCCCAAAAAAACCUUUAAAUCCAAGUCAUUGCUGUUUUUUGUAACACUCCAUUUACUUUUACAUUUAAAAAUUCACGAGCAUGAUGCAUUUUUUCUGAAGCACAACUUCUUCUGUAAGGGUAUUCUACCUCGGAAAUGAACACGCUUAGUGUUAUGGCUAUUUUAGGCAUUGAAACUGCUGAUUUGACAGCCAUACCUACAUUUCAGUUUCAUUAGGAAAAAAAAUGGAUUUGCAAUCUUUUUUUUUGUUUUGUUUACAUAUUUGGUUAGAUGGUUUGACUGUGUGUGGGUUUUCUGUCAUCAUUUUGUGCAUAGAGCUCCUAGUUAUCUGGAACCCCUCCACCCCAAAUGGUUACAGCUAUGCAAUGUUCAAAAGUUAAUGGCAAAUACAGCUUUGUUUAAAUAUGAAGCAAUGAUAUGCACAUAUUUGUUUUACUCUGUAAACUGGCAGCAACACUGAAAGUAACGUUGUUCUAAAGAAAAAAUCCUGUAUUAAACCAAAUUAUGUAUAACAGAAAUGUAAAGUGUUGAUUAAAAACUGCUCCAAUUUCUUUUUUAUUUUAUUUUGACAGAUGCGUCCAGUGUUUCUUUUCUUGCAGCAGUCUAUGCAUGUGACAUACACAAGUAGCAAAUCUAUUAGAAAAUCUUUACAUGUGUUGUCAUUUUAUGUAUGUUUUUCAUUCCCGAAACAUGUAUUAACUGGAAGCCAAAUAAAGCAGUCUAAAAAAAAUUA